CCAAGCAGCAUGCGGUGGGCGUCAUGGGCUUUCUGGAAAACUACCAGGAGAUCGACCCGGUCACCCUCAACUUGUGCAUCUUGAUCGCCAGCUACGUCAUCCUGCUCCUCGUCUUCCUCAUCUCCUGCAUCAUGUACGACUGCCGCGGCAAGGACCCCACUAAGGAGUACGCGCCCGAUCCGCAGCCCACCCAGUCGCCCAUUCGCCUGGUGGUCAUGCAGAGUUCCCCGGCGCCGGUGGCGCGCUGGGACGCCGCCAACAUGAUGGCCACCUACCACGAGCCCUCGCUCGCAGACUUCCGGGAGAAGAAGAGCACCAUGGUGUGAGCCGCCACGGUGCUCCCAGCCAGACUCCUUCCCGGAACUUUCCUCUCCUCACUUUCCAUUUUUUUUGCUUUAUGUCGGAACUCGCCGAGGUCACGACAUUUGUCGGCCUUGCUAAGCGUACGUGCACGUGAAAUCCCAAUCAAGGAUCCUCGAGCCAAAGCCGUCAGUCUGUUCCCCAAUGUCAGAUGUCACAUCUGAUAAGACAUAUGCUUGUUUUGACGGACUCUUUCAGCCUCAGGAUUACGGCCAGCAAAGACAUUCGGAGAAAUGUUUCCCAGGUAGGCAAUAGAAGCCGCUGAAGAUAGAUUUGCUUUAAUCGCGAAGGGCGUAACCUCAUUCCGUGAGCGCAGCUCUGCGCUGCUUAGGUCUUUGAGCCCCAGCAAAGGGCAAGAAACCCUUUGAAAUCUUAACAACGGAAAAGCGUGAAAUCUGUUUUGGACUUAAGUGACGUCAUAGAUCACGCAAGGUUUGAUCGGUUUGAACCUAGAUAUU